AGUCGUAUGUUGUUAAGCCAUUUUCGUUAGUGUUCUGGUGAUUCAGGCUCUGUCUGUAUCGAGAUUGUAUUUUUUCAACCAGGGAGGACCAAUGGCAAUUAUUGGCAGCUGAAAGUACACCCAGUACAAACAGAAACAAUAUGAGUAAAUUGACAUCAUCUAAGUUUGAGGUUAAAUGUACUUGCACGUUGCAAACGUUUUGAAAUAAUAUUGGAUGUGGAAUUUGUUGUUAAACAUUCAGUAAUCAGUUUACAAAUCUACAUUAAAGUAAUAAGUCGUAACAACUGUUUAUUUUUAGUUUAAUAAUCGAGGAGAGAGUGGGUAUAAAAUGAAUGUGCACUAUUAUUUGAUUUUGAAUAAAUUUUAAAAUGGUUAUUGUGGAAUCUGAAAGAAAUUUAAGACAAAAUAUGGGAUCAGCAGGUGAUCUAAAUGGUUGUAUUGGUAUGAACACAAUAAAUGUAGCUAAUCAGAAAAAUGAAAUUGUAGAGGAGUAUGGUCCCAAUUUAAAGUUGUUACCAACCAAUAAUCAAGUUCGUGAACUUCAAACUAUUCUCAGGGAUCGCAACACUACCAGAAGUGAUUUUAAGUUUUUCGCUGAUCGUUUGAUCCGUCUUGUUAUAGAAGAAAGUCUUAACCAACUGCCAUUUUCAAAAUGUACCAUCACAACUCCAACAGGUGCAGAGUACGAAGGACUCAAGUAUCAGAGAGGCAACUGUGGUGUCAGCAUAGUGCGAAGUGGAGAGGCUAUGGAACAGGGUCUACGAGAUUGUUGUCGUUCAAUAAGGAUUGGGAAAAUACUGGUGGAAUCUGACCCAGAUACUCAUGAGGCAAGGAUUGUCUAUGCAAGGUUUCCUGAGGAUAUCGCUAGCCGCAAAGUGCUCUUGAUGUAUCCGAUUAUGAGUACAGGAAACACUGUCAUCAAGGCUGUGGCGGUACUGAAGGAGCAUCAUGUACUUGAAGAGAACAUUAUACUGUCCAAUCUGUUCUCCACUCCAUUCGCUGCCAAAGCAAUCACAACUACUUAUCCACAGAUGGUUAUUUUAACUUCAGAGUUACAUCACAUAGCACCAAACCAUUUUGGCCAGAAGUAUUUUGGAACCGACUGAUAAAGUGACAAGUUGAAAGUUUUUAGUUUCUUACAGUUUUUCUUCAAAAUGUUGAUUUCUGUUUUAAAGUACAACGGUGAUGCACAAGUUAGUCGAUUGAGUUUUAAAACACCAACAUGGUCAGUAUUAUUGCUUUCACAAGAGCCACAAAUAAUUUAGGUAUUUAGUUUUGUAUUAUGGUUUUGAAAAUUAGUUUCUGCCACAAAGUUGCCUGAUACUUUGUAACUGAAUAGUUAUUUUGGAGUAAAUGAUGUUAACCAUUGUAGAUGUAUUUGUAUAAAUAAAGCUGUUAUUUGUAAAUAAUAAUAA